AUGGCUCAGGAGCUGAUGUCGGGAAACAACAGGUUCCUGCUCAUGCCUUAUGGCGAUAGAUGGCGUGGCAUCCGCAAGAUCAUGCACCAGGUUCUGAACUCGCGCCAGGCCGACAAAUUCCAGGUAUACCAGGAUAUCGAGUCGCGCCGUUUGUUACACGCCUAUCUUCACCAUCCUGACAUGUGGUACCGUGCAAACCAGCAAUUUGCAAACUCAGUCAUCCUCUCCGUCGUCUUCGGGCGGGUAUCGAAUAUGAACGACCCCACUAUGGCCGAAUUGUUCGCGUCCUUGCAGGAUUUCUUGCGAAACAUAAAGCCAGGAUCAAAUCUAGUCGACAUGUUUCACUGGUUGGCGAGCCUCCCGACAUGGAUGCAGUGGUGGCGUUCAUACGGCCUCGCCCAUUUCGAAAGGUCUAAAGCCAUGUAUUUCCGUGAGCUAGACCUCCUCAAGAAGCGGAUGGAGGAGGGGACCGCCAAACCAUGCUUUGCAUUGGAUUACAUCGAGGCCAAGGGUGAUAUCGAUAUCAAUCAAGUUGAAACGGCCUUUGUGUUCGGAACCCUCAUGGAGGCAGGUAGCGAUACGUCCCGCGUGGCAAUCGGUCAGGGUAUUGCAGCAGCUGCUAUCUACGGUGACUGGGUCAAGAAAGCCAGAGAAGAACUCGAUGAAGUAUGCGGUGACGCUGAAAGGUUACCAGAGUUUAGUGACCGCGAUCGACUACCAUACCUGUCUGCCGUCGCCAAAGAAAUCCUGAGAUGGAGACCAUUCGUCCAAUCUGGAACGGGCAGGGAACUCAUCCAGGACGAUGAGUACGAGGGCUAUAAGUUCCCAGCCGGUACAGUUUUUGUCUGGAACCCAUGGGCUAUCGCAUUGAACCCCAACGAAUACGAGGACCCUCUCACUUUCAAACCGGAAAGAUUCCUGAAUGACCAGCUCAGAAGCCCCCUGAAGGGCCACUGGUCCUUUGGAGCAGGUCGCCGAGUAUGCGUUGGAUACAACGUUGCAGAUAUGAAUGUGUGGAUCGCUACCGCUCGACUGAUCUACUGUUUUGAUUUUGAACAGGUUCCGGGUGCGCCGAUCGACACGUUCCACACUAUCUGGGAAGCCCACGACAAGCCUGCGUUCCCCGUUAAGAUCAAGUGUCGUAGUCAAAAGCACGCUCAGCUCAUCGAAAAUAUGUAUGCCAAUCUAUCAGACUGA